AUGACUCAUAGUGAGAAGCCUCCAAUGCUAGAAUGUGAAGAGUUUGUCGAUUGUUAUAUUCAAAUGUAUAUGCAUCUGAUCACUAUGGAUGAUGAGAUGAUGUUCAUCCUAUCUGAUAGUCCGAUAAAGAUUUAUAAGGAAAGAAUUGAAUGUACGGCUGAUGAUAAAAGAAGGAACAACCUGGAUAAUCAUUGCAGGAGUCACAUCUUCAAAUCUCUGGACAGAAACACAUUUGGCAAAGUCAGAGAAUGUAAAACUGCAAAGGAAGCAUGGGAGACGGUAAUCCAACUCCAUGAAGGAAAUGAAAGAACCAAGGAGAACAAGAUACUAGUGGCCACCCAAAAGUUUGAAAAUAUUAAGAUGAGGCCCGGUGAAACCAUGAAAGAGUUCAGUGAUCGGUUUACUAAUGUAAUGAAUGAGCUGUCUAAAUUAGGAAAGAAGUACGACAGCAAGGAAACCAUUGUCAAAGCAUUGAGAUCUCUUCCCAGCAUUUGGGAUAUAAAGACCAUGGUGAUGCGAGAGUCCAACAACCUUGGGAAAAUGAAACUGCACGAUGUGUUUGAAGACUUGAAGGCAUACAAAUUUGAGAUUUGA